AUUUGCUGCUGCUCAAUACAAGAUGGGAUGGUUAUAUGAGUAUUCGCAAUUAAGUUGUCCUUUUGAUCCUUUGUUAUCGGUGGAAUAUUAUACUUCGGCUUCUAAGCAGGGAGAGAUCGAAGCCGAUAUGGCACUCUCUAAAUGGUUCCUCUGUGGAGCUGAAGGUUAUUUUUCUCCCAACGAAUCCUUAGCCGUCACCUUUGCAGACAAAGCAGCUCGAAGGAAUUUACCAUCAGCCAUGUUUGCUUUGGGAUAUUAUCAUGAGAUUGGAAUUGGAGGAAGACCAGAUUUAGAUCUAGCCAAGAAAUGGUAUGAAAAAGCAUAUCAAGAUGGUAAUAAUCUAGAUGCUAAGAACCGAUUAGAAUGUUUAGAAACUGGAGGAGCAAGACUUUCGAGAAACGAACAUGAGAAUAAUAUCGAUUUGAAAUUAGUUAGAAAACAUACACUUGCAGCCCAACGAAGUGGAUUUAAACCUUUACCACCAUCUAAGAACGAAACGAUGAAACAAGUUGAAGAAGUCAAAAGGGUAGCUGAGAUGGGAGUUAGGAGACCUGGAGCUUUGUCUCCUGAUCAAUCUCGUCAAUUCGCUUCUCGUAGUCCUUCACCAUUACAUUUAGAAGAUCAAACUCGAAAGAUUUCACCACCUCCUUCAUUUAAUAAUCAUCAACCAGGACCAGCAUCCCAACAAUUUCAAGGACGUGGAAGACAACCCUCUAGAGUUCAACUUACAGAUGAGGGACCUAUGUCACCACCUCGUACAAUCACUACCACUACUCAACCUGUGACUACUCCUUCACGUCCUACUAACACCACCACUUUUAAUUCGUUUGCUGAUAUGGGAAUCCAAACUGCAAAAGCAAAGAAGACUGAAGAUUGUUUGAUUAUGUAGAAGAUUGGAUCGAUCGAUACAAGAGUCAUGUUUCUUUUCUUUACUCUCUCUCUCUCUCUCUCUUUUCCUCUCUUUUCCUCGCUUUUUCUUUUUUGACAUCUACUUUGAUUUUGAUGAGUAUCAUCAUUUUUACUUUUCUUUACUUAAUUCUCAUAAAGUCUUUUUUCACGUUUUUUUUGUGUAUCGAUCUCUUUUUUUUAUAAAGUAUGCAAAUCGUUUUGUUAGUUUUUUUUUGCUUUCCUUUUGAUUAACAAAUUCAGAAAUCAUCUUUAGUUUGUU